GCGCCAGCGAGCGAGCGGUUCUGAGUGCCCAGCGGCGAGCGGCCCCCGAGUCCUCGUUCCCCGGCGCCCCGCCCACCUGGCAUUUGUGAGGACUGAAGUGUCAUUCUAAAGCCAUUUUAAAAAUCAUGACAAGCUCAAUUGGACAGAAAAAAGGGUCUUCAAGGCAACGGAAGUGUGGUUUUUGUAGGUCUAAUAAAGAUAAUGAAUGUGGACAAUUAUUGAUGUCUGAAAACCAGAAGGUGGCAGCACAUCACAAAUGUAUGCUAUUUUCGUCUGCAUUGGUAUCUUCACACUCUGAUAAUGAGAGUCUUGGUGGAUUUUCUAUUGAAGAUGUUCAAAAGGAAAUAAAAAGAGGCACUAAACUGAUGUGCUCUUUAUGCCAUUGUCCAGGAGCAACCAUUGGUUGUGAUGUGAAAACGUGUCACAAGACAUAUCACUACUACUGUGCAUUGCAUGAUAAAGCUCAAAUAAGAGAGAAACCCUCACAAGGCAUUUACAUGAUUUUAUGCCGAAAACACAAGAAAACUACACGUAACUCUGAAGUUCAAGCUGACAUGAGAAGUUGGAAACACCCAACCAUCAGAUGCCAGGGAAACAGGAGAUCCACCUUCAGGAAAGGGGGAUACAGUGUGUGGAUUUCAGUGAAUUCUGAACUUUGUUGGAGAUACUGGUUUUGGGGCAGAAAGGGCUGUUCUUUAGGAAUCCUCAGCGUUCCUCAUGCAGAUUUAGAAGAAGGUGUCAAUGAACACGAAUUGGAGCCUUCACCUCCCAAAGGAAAAAAGAGGGGUCGUAAGGGAAAGCCAAGAAAAACAAAUCUCAAAGGGCAGUCAGAAGACACUAGAUCUACAUCCUCACAUGGCACAGAUGAAAUAGAAAGCAGUUCCUAUAGAGACAGGUCUCCCCACAGAAGCAGUCCCAGUGAUACAAAACCUAAAUGUGGAUUCUGUCAUGCAGGUGAAGAAGAAAAUGAAGCUAGAGGAAAGCUUCAUAUAUUUAAUGCCAAAAAGGCAGCAGCACACUAUAAGUGUAUGUUGUUCUCUUCUGGCACUGUCCAGCUAACAACAACAUCAAGGGCAGAGUUUGGUGAUUUUGAUAUUAAAACUGUACUUCAGGAGAUCAAGAGAGGAAAAAGAAUGAAAUGCACUCUUUGCAGUCAGCCUGGAGCGACUAUUGGAUGUGAAAUUAAAGCCUGUAUCAAGACUUACCAUUACCACUGUGGAGUACAAGACAAAGCUAAAUACAUUGAGAAUAUGUCACGAGGAAUUUACAAACUCUAUUGUAAAAACCAUAGUGGGAACGAUGAAAGGGAUGAAGAGGAUGAAGAAAGAGAAAGCAAAAGCCGUGGGAAAUCAGGCUCUGACCAUAGUAGCAUUCCUCAGCAACAACUCAAUGGAAACUAGGUUCAAGGGACAGAGUUAGAGAACUGGGAAUGAAUAAGACAUCCAUAACUACUAAUACUUUUUAAUUGUUUUCUAAGAUCAGAAAAGGGUUAGUAACUUUUUACGGCCCGAUUCUGUUAGAAAUUUCAUUGAACUGCCUGAAACGUUCAUGUGUGUGAGCCUUCAAUAAGUGGCAGAGUUUUACAUGUCAAUAUUAUGUAGUUUGUAGUCUGCAGUGUCUGGAAAAAAUUGAAACACUAUAUAAAUGAUAUGUAAUAUGUACAGUGUCAAAAGUUAAGGCAGACAUUGAAAUGAAGUAAGCUCUAUAUUUCUGGACUGAAUAAAAAUCUAAGAUUUGGAAUGUGUAAG